GAGGCUAGGGACACCCUUCCUUACCCGUCCUGGCUAAUAGCCAUUAAUGGACUUAACCUCCAUGAAUUUAUCCAGUUCUCUUUUAAACUGGUGAGAGGCCACAGCAGUGCAAUCCCCUCGGGCUCCUGGCCAGGGCAGCCUGGCAUGGAGACUUGCUGUCCCAUCGGGGCAGCCAGCCAGGAAUCUCUUUGGCAUAGGCUGGCGGGCGCAUCUCGCUGCAGAGCAACGCGCGCAGGAGCAAGAAGCAAAUGGUGCUGAGAGACUGAGGGACGGGACCCCGGGACCCUCCUGCCAGGCACUAGUCUCCGCUCACGCUGGCGCUGGACCGGCCCUCCUCUCCCAAGGAAGCUGGCAGGGAUGGUGGCAAUCCAUAACCCUCUGGCCACUCUGCUGCCUGCCUCCCUCCCUCUGGCUAGCACAGGAGAGAUGGCGGGCUUGCCCGCCCUGGCAGCCCUGUGCCCAUAGCUGCUUACUGGGUGCUGAAGGGGGGAACUCGGUACCCAGUGCCCGUCCCGCAGCCAGCAUUCAGAGUGAUGCCCACAUGCAUGGUGGUGUGUGCGUUGCCCUGGUGCCAAGCCAGGUCUCCCUGUGGCCCGAGUGGGGCUGGGGGACAGGAGUGGCUGUCGUAGGGCAUGCUGGGCUCAGAGACGCUCAGGGUCUUUUGUAAUUACCCAGGAAAACUUGCCAGGGCGGAAUUACACCUUCUGGCAGUGGUUCGACGGGGUCAUGGAAGUGCUGAAGAAGCAUCUUAAGCCUCACUGGAACGACGGGGCCAUCCUGGGCUUCGUCAACAAGCAGCAAGCGCACGACCUGCUGAUCAACAAGCCGGACGGGACCUUCCUGCUGCGGUUCAGUGACUCUGAGAUCGGGGGCAUCACCAUCGCCUGGAAGUUCGACUCGCCUGAGAGGAUGUUUUGGAACCUCAUGCCCUUCACGACCAGAGACUUCUCCAUCCGCUCGCUGGCCGAUCGCCUGGGUGACCUCAAUUACCUCAUCUACGUGUUCCCCGACCGGCCCAAGGACGAGGUCUUCUCCAAGUACUACACGCCGGUUCUCUCUAAAGCCGUGGAUGGAUACGUGAAGCCACAGAUCAAGCAAGUGGUGCCAGAGUUUGCCAGCGCCUCUGGGGAUCCCGCCGCCGGAACGGUCACCUACAUGGAUCAGGCGCCGUCGCCGGCCGUGUGCUCCCAACCGCAUUACAACGUCUACCCACAGAACCCCGACUCUGUGCUGGAUCCCGAGGGCGAGUUCGACCUGGACGACACGAUGGACGUCGCGCGACACGUGGAGGAGCUUCUGCGGCGGCCCAUGGACACUCAGUGGAUCCCCCACAGCCAGUCGUGACCCUGUGCCGUGGUACGGCCCGGCCCGGCAGCCGUGUCCCUGGGAGCCGAUCCGGGGAGCGUGCCCCGUGGAGAGCAGCCCAGUGUUCGUGUUUCUGUGCGUGGGCCCAUGUGUGGGGGGUGCUCAUCCGGGGGCUUUGCUCUGCGCCAGCUGCAGUGCCCAUGGCUGCGCUUGGCUCUUUGGUGUUUCUCCCCGUGUACUAAAGGCAGUGGGCUUGUCGUAUGGUUUCCCUGUCUGUUACUUUGAGGCCUGCCUUCAGCUUCCCGCUUCUGCAGCGCUGCUCCUCCCCGUGCAGCAGAUCCCUGGAGCCCCGUGCGUUCCCAGCGCCCACUGGACUCGGAUCCCUACCCUUGGGCCCAGGGGCCUCUCAGCGUGGGGGGCGGGCCUGGGAGUUUGUUUGCAGUAAUUGUCACAUCUAGGACUUUCGUGUUCAAAUUCUUUCCUUUUGUUACCAGCUCCCCCGUCCCGGGGGGCAUGUGCGUGUGCGUUGGGUCCUGUUUGUGUGCGCAGAGACCUGGGGGCAAAGACUUUCUUCUCAGCCCAGGCAGCAGCAUCUGCGCCUUGGGAGUGGCUUGCUGGGAAGGCGUCCCACCGGGGCCCUUUUCUCCUCCCGGUUCCUGCCUGGCCCGUGUCCGCUCAGCCGGUGGGACGCUGCCCUUCCCCCCGCCUAGAGCUGGGGGGUGUUUCACAAACCCUGAGAGGAAGGAGGGGGUUGCAGAUGGACACGGCUGCUCUGUGGGCAGGAGGAACGGGGCUCCCGGCUGGGGUCAGGGCAAGGCGCGGCUCAGGCUGGGGGUGAGAGGCUGCUGGUCCCCCCCUCGGGGUCCCGCCCUCCCUCCCCAUCGACAUUAUUUUUCUACGGCUGAGUAAAUAAAGCACAGAAUAUUUUUUUAACACAAAGCUCUGGAUUCCGCGUGUGUCUGUGGGAGCACCAGCUCUGGGAUCAGCAGCCCGCUGGCGUCCUGGGGAAGGGUCCGAUAGAGCCCCUGGGGCUGGGGCUGUCGGUGGGCCGGGCAGCAGGUGUUUGAGCCCAGGGCUGAGCCGCACCCUGUGCGGACGUCCUGCGGAGGAGCUGCUCUGGGGAAAACGCUGCAUUUGCCAGCUGGGUUCAGUGGUCAGACUCCGUGGGGGCAGCCAGGCGGGAGGACAGGGCUGCCCCCGCUUUCUAAAGGACUUGCAGCAGCCCCCAGACGAUCGACUGGCUGGGCUGGCCCCGCAUGGCUGGAGGCAGCAGGCGCCGAACCUGGCUACGGGCUUGUAGGGGCUGCAGCCAGGCCCUCGCCUCUCUGCCGCUUCCCUGUGUGCGGAGUGCCCUUCGCUGCAUGAGGGGAGCCAUGCCGCUGGGUCAGCCCUGAUCCACGUCUGUGCCCAGAGCCCCCUGAGCCCGGACCCAGAGACACCGUGCUUGUUACUCUGCUCCACGGUGCGUUCUGGGCCGUGGCAGCGUGAGCCACUGGCGAAGCAGCGCUAGGGCCGGGUGGGUCCCAGCACGGACACCAUUUGCACCAGUGCUGUCUGUCCUGGUUUGAACCUGGGACAAGCUGCCCCGGUGCAAAGCGUGUCUGCCCCCAGGCAUUGCACUAGUGGCUGAAAUCCCAGAGCCCUGGACGCAGGCAGGGCACGUGGGGAGGAGGCCGGGGAGCGUUGUCCAAAUGGUCUGUCCCUAACCUGUUUCAGUGCUGCAGUCAGCCGGGGCAGCUGGCAUGUGAGUGUGUGCUUGGCUCAGCUGCAAGUCCUGCACGUGGCCUUUCAUGUGAGUAACUCCACCACCACCUGCUUUGCCAGGCUGCACGUCCGCAGGGCGAGGCUGGGGGCUAGCCCCUGGCCCUGCAGAUAGUGCUGAGAUCGUCCUCAGAAAAAACAAAUUCCAUUCUUUUUUUAAAAAGAAAAAUUCUCUUGCCAAAGCCCCGACCAGGUGGGGAUGAGUUCUCGCCUUUUGGAAUUACAAGCGAAUUUCAAAGAGAAGCAGGAAAAGCUUUGGUGCGAGGUUAGAUCACAACUUUUGUAGAAAGGAAAAAUAUAGAUAUAAUUUUAAAAACAGCCAUGGUGAAACUUUUUGAUAAUUUUAUUUAAAAAACAAAACAAAACAAAAAAAACCCACCAGAAAACCUUGUAUGUGGAAACUGAAUGAUUUCAACUGCCUAUUUUUAGUGUUGCAGUCUGCUCCUGACUUGCAUAGGCACUAAUAAAGUAUUGUCGACUCUU